GGGAGAACAUUGAAGGUUUGGGGCAGUGGGGCGAAUCGGGGCGAUACUCCCCAACUUUCAAAUUCUCAGCGAAAGCAACGCGCUAAGCCCCCUUCAGCAGUACCUGGUGUACAUGUUUCGGCGGUGUGUUACGAAUGCCCCGCCUUUGAAUUAACCAACAUUGAAGACUGAUGACUGGCUACGCGGUUGCCCCGUCAAUGCCAAAACCCAACAUGUAUCCACAGUACGCACGCAUACAAUAGUACAUAGUGGACGAGCAAAGACUGCGCUAGCUAGGGGGGCAACCCAAUUUCUCUUGUUUCAUUUCCAUAAUCAACUUACAUACUUAUUCGACUGUUGUCCUUACUCCUCCAGAAAACAUCUUCACAAACAUUGACUCUUCCUUCUUUGACCUUUUCUACGUUUUUACGUUUUUUGGUUCAGCCCUACAUUCCACCCCAACCAACAAAUCUUCUUAAAAAUGGCUUCUACCAACUACAAGGAGGCUUUCUCAUUGUUCGACAAGCGAGGCAAUGGCCGUGUUACCCUCGAGAGUCUCGGCGAUCUCUUGCGUGCUUGUGGACAGAACCCAACCCUAGCCGAGAUUCGAGACCUGGAGCGAAAUGUUGAUGGAGACUUCGACUUUGAGACCUUUUCGAAAAUCCUAAACCGACCUGGCGGCUUCCGCGACCCCGGCGAGCCGGACGAGUACUGCCGCGGCUUCCAAGUCUUUGAUAAGGACAUGACGGGCUUUAUUGGAGUCGGACAGCUGAAGUACAUCCUGACGAACCUGGGCGAGAAGAUGACAGAUGAAGAGGUGGAUGAGCUGCUCAAGGCUGUUGAUACCAGUUCAGGACAAGUCAACUAUACUGAACUCGUCCGUAUUAUUCUUGCCAACUAGAUAUUCCCCCCUUGCGCGUCAACGGAAGCCGGAGUUUAGUGGAUUAGAGGUUCAUCAGUAUACGCACCCGCAAAAGAAGGAAGGGUAUAACGCAUCGUAUCACACCGCAUGACAUGGCUGGGAGAUGAUACUGGCGUUUGCUCAUUGAUAUUGAUGGGCGGGACUAUACGAAAUAGGGUGGGCUAGGGUUGGUCUCUUACGAUAAUCUUUGUACUAGUCCUCAGUGACAUGAAAGAUACACGACCAAGAAAUACAUGACUUUGGCGUUCUACGACAGAUCAAUAUUAAUAAACCAAAAAGUGCUUCUAAAAAUUUAUUGCCAGCAG